AUGUCGAAACACACUUCUUCUCGGCCUCACUACACGCUUGCUGAGGGUCGGCCUGUUGCCAACCCAAACACCGCUCUGCAGAUCUCCAGGCCCGCUGGCGGUGGCCUGCUCCUGCUGCAAGACACCCAGCUGCUCGAGACCUUGGCUCACUUCAACCGCGAACGCAUUCCUGAACGAGUCGUCCACGCCGCGGCCGCCGGUGCCUAUGGCGAGUUCGAGGUGACCCACGACGUGUCCGACAUCACGUCCGCCGACUUCCUGAACGGCAUCGGCAAGAAGACGCGCGUGCUGGCGCGCAUCUCGACCGUCGGCCCUGAGAAAGGCGGUGCCGACGCCGUGCGAGACGUGCGCGGCUUCGCGGUCAAGUUCUACACGAAGGAGGGUAACAACGACUGGGUUUUCAACGACAUUCCCGUCUUCUUCGUCCGCGACCCGAUCAAGUUCCCGUCAAUGAACCGCUCCCACAAGCGGCACCCGCAGACCAACUGCCAUGACCCGAACAUGUUCUGGGACUUCCACGCGCACAACCAAGAGGGCAUCCAUGCGCUCAUGCACAUCCUCAGCGACCGGGGCACGCCCGCCUCGCUCCGUCACAUCCACGGCUUCAGCGGCCACACGUACAAAUUCACCAAGCCGGACGGCUCCUUCAAAUACGUCAAGAUCCACCUCAAGUCCAACCAGGGCAUCAAGACGCUCAACCGGCACGAGGCGGCCAAGCUCAACGGCGAGAACCCCAACCACCACACCGAGGACCUGUUCAACGCCAUCGAGCGCGGCGACUACCCCAGCUGGACCGUCUACGUGCAGGUCAUGGACCCCAAGGACGCCGAGAAGUACCGCUGGAACAUCUUCGACCUGACGCGUGUGUGGCCGCACAAGGACUAUCCGCUGCGGCCGAUCGGGAAGCUGACGCUGAACGAGAAUCCCAAAAACUACUUCGAGGACAUUGAACAGGCCGCCUUUUCGCCGUCGACAAUGGUCCCAGGCAUUGCGCCGUCUGCCGAUCCGAUCCUGCAAGCCCGCAUGUUCGCCUACCCCGACGCCGCGCGCUACCGCCUGGGCCCCAACUACCAGCAGCUGCCACCCAACGCAGCCAAAUGCCCCGUGUACUCGCCGUACCAGCGCGACGGCUUCCCGUCGAUCAAGGGCAACUACGGCGGCGAUCUCAACUACGUGGGCUCGGGCGUGCUGCCGGUCUCGACGCGCGACAUCCCCGAGAACCACCACGACCACUGGGUCGGCCAAGUCACCGCUUUCUCGUCCGAGGUCACCGACGAGGAUUUUGUCCAGCCGCGCGAUCUGUGGCAGAGGGUGCUGGCCAAGCAGCCCGGUCAGCAGGAGAAUCUGAUUGACAACGUGGCCAGUUUUGUGGCUGGUGCGCAGCCGGAUAUUCGGAAGAAGACUUACGAAAUGUUCUCCCGCGUCGACAAGGACCUGGGCAGGCGUAUUGCGGAGCAGGUCAAGAAGUACAACAACGGGUCUUCUUAA